UAUGAACAAUUCCCACGUGGCAUUCAUAUCUUCUUGAUACCACCAUAACCAAACCCACUGAUCUUCGUUCCCGACUCUCAUUUGGUUUCACUGAACCAACAGUCAAAAUUAGGAAAAAAAAAAACCAAAAAACAAUUAAAAAUUAAAUCCAGAAAAGAAAAACAAAAAAAAGUCUUAAGGUUCUCUGUAUCAAAUCAAAUCAAAGCAGAGUACUCUUUGUUUGCAGACAUUUUCUCUCUCUUUGAGUCGUCGCUGCAAUGGGCAGCACAGAAGAAGAAACCACCUCCAAACCCGUAAACGACGCCGCUUUGCCAACCGAACCUCUCCUCUUCAAACCCACGACCAGCUCCACUUACCCAUCUCCUUCAAUCGAAGAAUCAGUUCAACCCGACCCCUCUGAACACGACCUCACCCAAUUCCUCCAGAUCUCUUUCAAUUACGGACCCAGACCUUUCAAAGACCUUCCUUUCCUCAUCCUCUUCCUUCUCUUAGUCCUCUGCACUUUCGCUUUUGGUAUUUUCUCAAUUGUCCAUCGAAACGCCAACUACUCCAACGUCUCGAGCUUCACCUACGAUUCUAAUUCCACUUCUUGCGUUCAAGACUCUUCUUUUUUAUCUAAUCCAAGUUGGGUUUUUGAAAGAUCACUUUUUUCGUUGUCGAGUUCCAGCCUUUGGACAAGUUUAAUAUGGACCCUUGUCAUAACUUUAGUUUUAAGUGUACCAAUUUGUUUUCUUUUGCUUUUAUUACUCAAACGUUACACAAAGCAGAUCGUUUAUGUUUUGCUUCCUUUCUUUAUAAUCAUGCCGGUUUUCUUUGAUGUUUAUUGGUUCGUUGCUUGUACUUUGAGCUCCUCUUGUAGUGAUUCUUUCCCUUUGGUCUAUAGAAUUUUGGUGCUUGUUUUUGUUUUAUUGAUAGUUGGGAUUAUUGUUUGGAUCAUUGUGGCUAACUGGCAUCGAAUCGAGUUGACUGUGAGGAUUAUUGGGGUUGCUUCUGAUGCGCUCUCGCGGAAUUUAGGAUUGUUUUUGGUGAUACCAUUGUUGACCCUUGGAUUGGUGGUUUAUUAUGCGCCAAUUGUUUUGUUCUUGGUGUUUGCUAGGUUUAAUGGGAAAAUUGUGGCUAAAGAAUCGAAUGGGGAGUUUACUUGUGUUUGGAAACAGGAUAGCUGGGUGCCUGCUUAUUAUACAUUGGCGAUUUUGACAAUGUUGUGGUCUUUGACUACAAUGGUGGAAGCUCAGGUUUAUGUGAUCUGUGGCACCAUUGCACAGUGGUACUUCUCCAAGGAUGAUACGAAACCUAAGCGGAGUAUAAGAAGUUCUUUGAGAAAUGCAUUUGGUCCUUCUUCUGGCACUGUCUGUUUAUCUGGACUGCUUAUUUGUGCUGUUCGAGUGGUGCGUGCUGCUGUUGAUAGUGCAAGACAAGAAGAUGUUCCUGGAAUUGUCAACCUUGUCCUGCGUUGUUGUGUUAAUGCGCUGCUGUCUGCGAUAGACUUUCUUAACAAGUUCACUAUCAACUUUGCAGCAAUAACUGGUGAGGCUUACUGCACAUCUGCAAGGAUGACAUAUGAGCUUCUAAGGCGUAACCUACUCUCUGCUGUUUUUGUGGAGACUGUAUCAACUCGUUUGUUGGCAGGAAUUAUUUUUGUCUUCUCAUCUGUUUACGCAAUUGUGGCAUUUGCUAUCUUACAGGGUGUUAGUGAUCUAGGGGUUAAAGCAUACAUCGUUGCUGUUCUUGCAUGGGUGCUGCUAAUCGUGGUGCUGGGUUUCUUUGUCCAUGUGCUAGACAAUGUGAUUGACACUGUUUACAUCUGCUACGCAAUCGAUAGGGAUAGAGGAGAAGUGUACAAGCAGGAGGUUCACGAGGUUUAUGUUCAUUUACCCAUCAGUAGGAACAAUAGAUCAGCCUUUCCUUCUAGAACAGUUGGUGUAUAGAUAUACCCUGUAAGUUUGUAACUUCAAAAUAAUGUGUUCUUGUUGAUUUAUCAUUUGAUUUCUGCACGAAUGUUGUUAACUGCCUGUUGGCAAAUUGUGCAUACAAUCAUAAUCCCAAUCGCUGCAUUGUACACUUUUUUGAAGCAUGUUCAAUAAAGAGCUAAUUUGUUUUAACUGACAGGGAAAUCACCUUUUAUAUUUAA